CUGGUCUGGUGAUUUUCAACAUUAGCUGACUCUAACAUUCUGGGAAAUCCCUCGUAUCAUAAUAUACACAUUGCCGUGUGAAUACCUUUGUGUGACGUGCCAAUUACACUGUUAGACAUAGUGGAAGCCACUGUAUUGAACUGCUCCUCUGUAUUGAACCUCGGUUACAACAAUGCCACGACCGGAGUUCUAUCUUUGCUUCGACCUGGAAGCGACAUGUGUGGACCCCAAGUGUCCAGCAAAUCAGGUUACUGAAGGGUUUCAGCCUGAGAUCAUCGACAUUGGUGCUGUUAUUCUGGACUCCAAUACUUUGGAAGAGAAAGGCGAAUUUCAGUCCUAUUGCCGUCCAGUUAAACAUCCAACGCUUCAGCCGUUCUGCUUAGAAUUGACUAAAAUAUCACAGGAAACAGUUGAUGCAGCCGACGAGUUCCCUGACGUGUGGGGGCGCUUCAUCGAUUGGAUGAAAUCCAAGGGUCUGAAACCUGGAGCAGAGACGCCAAAUUUUCAGCUCGUAACAGACGGACCAUUCGAUUGCGGAAAGUAUCUAUUCAUCCAAUUCAACAACACCUCCAAGCUGAGCUUCCCUCACUGGGCUCGUAACUUCGUGGAAUUGAAGACAGAGUACAAAUCAUAUAAGCGUCUGGUUGGUCGUCGUUGGCCCAAGUUGUCAGACAUGUUAGCAGGACUUGGUUUACUUCGCAGUGGUAGCAAUCACCGAGCACUCGCCGAUGCACACAGCGUGGCUGACGUUACCAAAACGGUUCUUCGUCGUCGUGGCGAUAAGUACAUUCCAAAGACAGAGAGGAUGAAACCUUUCUCAUACUAG